GAAACUUCUGUCGUGGACAAGUAUAAAUCGUUGAACGAGCCUGCUUUAGCAUUAGCCGACUUUAACCGCGAAAAACAUUUUAAUGAUCCAGCGACGUCGUGAAGUUAACCAUCUGAACUACCUUUAAGUCCCCAUGGAUUUACAGGAGCACUUAAAAGGCAUGGAUCAGUGUCUCUCUCGCAGAAAGGAGUGGCUUUACAGGCGGCUCCUUACUAACGCCUCGAAAGGUUUAACUUUCUCUGAAGAUGUCAUGUGGGAGAUGGGACCGGAUAACAUCCCAUACAGCAAAGCUAAUUUCAGCUGGCUUUUCUGUGCAUCCGGCCCAUUGGCACCAAGCACCAGAUCUAAGAGCAGAAAGCAAGGAGGAACAAAAGCUUUGCCAAACCACGCUCGACUCCGAGGCUCUGUGACUCCGCCUUUACCAGCUUUGUCACUGUUGCAACCUGUACAUCACCAUUCACUGACCACUAAUGAGACUUUUAUGACGGUGCCUGGCCAAAGAGAUGGAUCAUUGGACUCAGGUAAAAGGAUAGGUUUGAGAGGAGUCUUAAAUGUGUACAGUGUAAUUCCCUAUCAGUUCCCUGCCAUAUUAGAGGAGGAAGAGCCGAGCAGGACAAGCAAGGGAGACGAGUCUGUGCUGAAGAUGGUGACAAAGAAUACUGCUCAGUGGAUUGUCAGUCAGCAGAUUCCUAGAGAUUAUAAUUAUAAAGCAAGACAGCAAUCACUACUGAAAGAUCAGUAUAGGUCAGUCAGUGCUACCGAUCUCGUAACAGAUGUGUCCAAGGUUAAGGAGGAAGGUGGCUUCUACAGUGUGCCCAAAACCAGCACAGAGCCCAGAGCACUGCAGAGCAGCAAACCCGAGACACCGCUACCAGUUUAUUACAGGAUACAAGGUUACAGUGUCUCACCAGUUUGCACAGAUGAACAAAGUGGGAUCAAUAGGACGGCGAAUGACGUGGCCAUAAAUCAUAUUGAGACCCCAAAGCUGCCUCGCCUACAGGACAGCCUGAACCCACAUGCUGGAAAAUAUGUGUAUCACACUGACAACAACUUUGAACUGGAACUCUACACAGGGAUGGCCAAACAAGUGCAUCAACCAGGCAGAAAGAAUCAAGACCGCAUCGUCAUGGACAACAACUCAGAGUACCAAAAGAACCUCCAGGACAUGUUUCCAUGUGGCCCAGAAAGGUGGACAAAUUUGCCAUCAGCUGGCUUGCUAAGUCGGACUGAAGAAAUGGGUAGACUGGAGAAAGGAGUACGGCGAUGGGUGGGUUUGCCCACCAAAGCUGACUAUGCUACAGAGCUGGGGCUCAGACCUCCUGAUUACAACAGACAAGACACAAAAUUGCACAAACAGCCAAUUCAUUACAACCCCAUGCCAGGGCUUUCUUCUCUCCGCUAUGCAGUGGAGGGGUGGAGGAAUGCCUGGAAAAUCAAAACUAGCUGGCAGAGUGUCACAAUUGAGGGUUUGAAGAAGGAUCUCACUGACCUGCACUGCCAAGUGCGAGUGGCAGCUAUUGCUACUUGUGCAUCAGGAGCAGUUAAUAGACCAGAAGUGGGUCCAGAUCCAGAUGAAACAGCUCAGUAUGGUCAGAGCCAUGAGGUAGAGGCAGUGCCUCCAGAACUGCAGCCCCUGCUUCUCAUUGCCCUCGAUGACCCAGUGAAGAGAGUUCAGCUGGCAGCCGCAGUGUGCCAGUAUGCCAUCGGUACACCCAAUGCCCAUGCACGGGAUAUACUGCGAAAAGCAUUACAACGUGAUUCCUCAGGAACAGGGGUAGAUGGCUGGGUUGCAGCUCAGUGUUUAGCGAUAGAAGGGGAGGCCAGUCAAACUGUCAUAGAAAGAUUACUCUCCCAGCUCUUUCUCAGCAAGGCUCCAUCAGACCAAGAACAGGCUACAACCCUACUAGCCAGCAUUAGUAGCAAGACUAUUCUAGUGCGCUCAUUGCUGGGAGAGGAAUUGAACUGUGCUGACUGGACAAACCGAGUUCUGGCCUGCAAAACAAUCUCCGAGCUCAAAUGCCCAAUCAACAAAGAUCUGACCAACAAGUUGCUGUACCUGAUGUGGAAUGACUGGAGUGGUUUGGUGCGUCAGGCAGCAGCACAGACUCUAGGCAAACUGGGCUUGGGCAGUGACAUACACAACGAGCUGAGUGUCAAACUACAUGAGGGUCCAACGCAUUUGCGGGUGGAGGCAUUGGUCCUUAUUGGUCAGCUGAAGAUAAUGACAGCCAAGCUGCUGCCCAGUUUCUUGUGCUGCCUGAAUGAUGAAUUUGAUGUUGUACGCAGGCAGGCCUGUUCAACUGCUGCCUCUCUCAUGCUCAAAGAUGAGAUGAUCCAAAAUCAACUGUUUCAGUUAAUGCAGAAUGACUCAUCGUGUGAUGUGAAGGUGGCAGCAAUAAAUGCACUGGGAAAGAUCGGUUGGCUGACACCUACGCUCCAGGGGCUUUUACUGUGGGCGCUACAAUAUGAGGAGGAGCCCAGUGUGCGCAUUGCUGCCUGUGAGGCCCUGAAGAUCUUAGGGGUGAAAGGUCCUGAGCUACAGAAUCUUCUGCAGGAACGCUUUGUCUUGGAAGCCAAUGCUCAAGUUCAUAGGCACAUUGAGGAUCUGAAGAAACACUAUGGCUACAGCCUAGACAAGGGCAUGGACCACAUGAUAACAGAGCAGGUACAAAAGCUCUGCACAAAGAGUAAUAUCACCGCUAAAUUGCUGCUAAUAGAGGACCAGAAACAGCAAGCGCAGAGGAAGAUCCUAAGGAAAGAGAGCCAGCCAGAACCCACAGUCAUGUCUGCACUAAUUCAGGAAAGAUUCAGAGGUUGGAAGACCCUGGAAGUUAUUUGUUUCACCAUUCCUAUCUGUCAUAGCUAUCCAUCAUAUGUGUGGCAUGUAUCUCUAUCUGUCUGUCUAUCCACCGAUCAGCCAUAACAUUAAAACCACCUGGCUAAUAUUGUGUAGGUCCUCUUUGUGCCACCAAAACACAUGAUGUAAAAGAAAACGUGAUUCAUCAAACCAGGCGACCUUCUUCCAUUGCUCUAUGGUCCAGUUCUGAUGUUCACGUGCCCAUAGUAGGCACUUUCAGCAGUGGUCAGGGGUCAGCAUGGGCACUCUGACUGGUCUGCAGCUACACAGCCCCAUAAGCAGCAAGCUGCAAUGCGCUGUGUUCUGACACGUUUCAUAGCAUUAACUUCUUUCAGCAAUUUGUGCUACAGUAGCUCUUCUAGAACCAGAGGGGCUAGCCUUCACUCCCCAAGCACAUCAGUGAGCCUUGGGCACCUAUGACCCUAUCGCUGGUUCACUGGUUGUCCUUCUUUGGACCACUUUUGGUAGGUACUAACCACUGCAUAUCACGAACAUCCCACAAGACCUGCAAUUUUGGAGAUGCUCUGACCCAGUUGCUUAGAUAUCACAAUCUGGCCCUUGUCAAAGUCACUCAGAUCCUUACACUUGCCUAUUUUUCCUGCUUCCAACAUAUCAACUAAAAGAACUGACUGUUCACUUGCUGCCUAAUAUAUCCCAGCCCUUGACAGGUGCCACUGUAACAAGAUAAUCAAUGUUAUUUACUUCACCUGUGAGUGGUUUUUAAUGUUAUGGCUGAUUGGGGUGUUGUAAAUGAAUGUGU